UCCAACCUUUGGAAUCGACUCUCGAUUCCCAAAGCCUCGGAGUCGAGGAAUCGAUUCUUUUUGGAAUCGAUUCCCAGCCCUAAGUGUAUGUCAAUAGUUCUCGUGUAUGUUUGAUGUGACCGUGUCUCGCGCUCAACAGCGCUGUCUGUGGACAGAAGGGCCACACCCGCUCCCAUGAACACGAACAGAUCUGUCACACGCUCAAGUGCAACCAAAAGACGAUGUAAAACGAAUCCGAGUUGUUCGACAAAGCGAUCCCAUUGUAUUAAUAACUGAAAUCCGCAGAUGAACAUGGAGUCUCCGCCAGAGUCCGUCGCGUCGCCGCGCAAGAGCGCUUCUGAAGCGGACGCUUCGGUGGAGGACAGCCCGCUGAAACUGGACAGCAAGGCUGAGCCCGACAAACCAGCACCAGUUCGGCGGCAGAGUUGCUCAAGUACCAACAGGGCUCAGAUUGAGAGUAUUCCCUGUAAAAUCUGUGGAGAUAAAUCAUCAGGGAUUCAUUAUGGUGUCAUUACAUGUGAGGGAUGCAAGGGUUUCUUCAGGAGGAGUCAGCAGGGCACUGUGUCAUAUUCAUGUCCUCGGCAGAAGAGCUGUCUGAUCGACCGUACCAGCAGAAACCGCUGCCAGCACUGUCGCCUGCAGAAAUGCUUAGCAGUGGGCAUGUCAAGAGAUGCUGUGAAAUUCGGCCGGAUGUCUAAGAAGCAGAGGGACAGUCUGUUCGCAGAGGUUCAGAAACACCGUCAACAGCAGCAGGAGGAGAAAGUGGGUGAUGACACAGAGAAGGGGCGGGAACCUCAACCUCCAGGAGAGGCGGAGCCACUCACGCCCUCUUACGCCCUGUCCACCAAUGGCGUCACAGAGCUCCCCGAUGACCUCAGUGGACACGUGAACUGUCAGACCCCAGUGGAGGGAAAGGCGAAUUCAGCGAUUGGUGGAUUUUACCUAGACAUUCAGCCCUCUCCAGACCAGUCAGGUCUAGACAUGGAUGGCAUUAAACUAGAACCUGUGUGUGACCUCAGCUCGGACUCUGGCUUAGAUCAAUAUUGUUGCUAUAGCAAUGGAGACUCUUCACCUCCUGACAGUGACCUAGAACAUCUGUCAGAGAACAUCUGCAAGUCUCAAAUGGAGACGUGCCAAUAUCUUCGAGAAGAGCUACAGCCCAGCAACUGGCAGACAGUCUUACAGACCGACCUGGACGCGUACCAAAAGAAGUCUCAGGAGGACAUGUGGCAGCUGUGUGCGGUUAAAGUCACUGAAGCUGUGCAGUAUGUGGUUGAGUUUGCCAAGCGCAUUGAUGGAUUCAUGGAGCUCUGUCAGAACGAUCAGAUCGUGCUGCUCAAAGCAGGUUCUUUAGAAGUAGUGUUCGUGAGGAUGUGUCGGGCAUAUAACUCCCAGAACAACACUGUCUUUUUUGACAGCAAAUAUGCUGGGCCGGAGGUCUUCAAAGCAUUGGGCUGUGAUGAUCUUAUCAGCUCUGUGUUUGAGUUUGCGAAGAGCCUGAACUCUCUACAGCUCAGUGAAGAUGAGAUCGGCCUGUUUUCAGCAUACGUGCUGAUGUCUGCAGAUCGCUCCUGGCUGCAGGAGAAGACCAGAGUGGAGAAACUCCAGCAGAAGAUCAAGAUUGCCCUCCAGAACCUCCUGCAGAAGAACCAGAGGGAUGAGGGAAUUCUCGCAAAGCUUGUCUGUAAAGUGUCCACCGUUCGGAUGUUAUGCCGUCGCCAUAUGGAAAAACUGAGCACAUUCAGAGCUCUUUACCCAGAAACAGUCCACACACGCUUCCCUCCACUCUAUAAGGAGCUGUUUGGCUCAGACUUUGAGCAGGUUCUGCCUCAGGAGGCCUGAUAGAGACUAAUCCUAUACUGCACAGAUUCAGAAAAAAAGAGAUGGAGAGAGAGAGACAAUAAUAACAUGCUGACAAGAACUCUAAGCUCACUUCAGCCUCAGUUCAUGUACACUUCAUUCUCACAAAGCACUUCUCAGAGUCCAGCCGCACUUUGAACUUGCCCCAUUGGCCAUGCACCAGAAGGCUUGCGGAUCUUUUAGAAGAGGAAAUUUCAGAUGCGAGG